AUUGCACUAAGCGUUUGUGGAAGAGAUAGAGAGAGAGAAAGAACACACCCAUCAAACAAAGCCACCAUUUUGAACCUUAUGCAAUGCCUCUCUAUCUGGGUUUCGCUCAUUUUUCUCUCUGACGUUUCCGUUUCCUCGGAGGCGGAUUUUGAACCCCGCUUCCGGGUCGGCUCAACCGCGCCGGGUAAAUGGGGUGUGUGAAUUCGAAGAAAGCGGUUGCCGGAGGUGGGUCGCGUUCGUCGCCGGCGGCGCCAUACGUGCAGUCUGGUUCGAGAAAGCGGGGCAAUGGGUCGGGGCGAAACGACGUGGUGGAGGGAAAAUGGAAUGCAGUAUCGAAUUGUGGGGUUGUGGAGAGGGAGAGAAGACGAGAAGGGUUCCACACUGAGGAGUUGAGGAGUGGUUCUUUAAGGUUGUCUUCUCAUAGGUUUGUUGAAGCUGAGCAUAAUGCUGCUGGUUGGCCACCUUGGCUUAGCUCUGUUGCUGGAGAAGCCAUUCAAGGAUGGCUCCCUCUUAAAACUGAUUCUUUUGAGAAAUUGCACAAGAUUGGACAAGGUACAUAUAGCAGUGUGUUCCAAGCACGUGAAGUUGAAACUGGGAGAAUGGUUGCCCUGAAAAAGGUGCGGUUUGACAAGUUUCAACCUGAAAGCAUUAGGUUCAUGGCAAGAGAAAUAAUAAUUCUACGCACACUUGACCACCCAAACAUCAUGAAAUUGGAGGGAAUAAUUACUUCACCACUAUCAAAUAGCAUAUAUCUUGUAUUUGAAUACAUGGAGCAUGAUCUUGCUGGUCUAGUAUCUUCACCUGAUGUCAAGUUCACUGACUCACAGAUUAAGUGUUACAUGAGACAGCUAUUAAGUGGAAUUGAGCAUUGUCACGUUAGGGGUAUUAUGCAUCGAGACAUUAAAGUAUCUAAUAUAUUAGUGAACAAUGAAGGUAUUCUAAAGAUAGGAGACUUUGGAUUAGCAAAUACCCUUAACCCAAAUAGUAAGCACCCUUUAACAAGUCGUGUAGUGACUCUAUGGUAUCGUCCUCCUGAGCUCUUAAUGGGAUCAACAAAUUAUGGAGUUUCAGUGGAUCUGUGGAGUGUAGGCUGUGUAUUUGCUGAACUUUUACUGAGGAAGCCCAUCCUUAAGGGGAGAACUGAGGUUGAACAAUUACACAGAAUUUUCAAGCUUUGUGGGUCUCCACCUGAUGAGUACUGGAAAAUGAGUAAGCUUCCUCUUGCCACAAUGUUUAAGCCUCAGACUAAUUACGAAAGCUCUCUUCGGGAGAGAUGUAAAGGUUUUCCUGUAACUGCUGUAAACCUUCUUGAGACUUUGCUUUCCAUUGAUCACUCCAAGCGUGGGACUGCAUCCUCUGCACUUAUGUCUGAGUAUUUCAGCACCAAGCCAUAUGCUUGUAAUCCAUCACUCCUGCCAAAGUAUCCACCAAGCAAAGAAAUGGAUGUUAAAGAUCGGGAAGAUAUGCGCAGGAAAAAGAAUGAAGGUAAAGUGCGAGAGGCUGCAACAAUGAAAAGGCAAAGAAGAGUCCACAAAGUUUCACAUGACCCUAACAAUAUCAACAAACCAGCUUUGAAAGAGGGAAUGCAGAAUAUUUCUCAAAAUGCUUGUACAGAUGAUGGUAAGACACGUAUUACAAAGGGAAAAGUAGGAGCUAUGCAUAAAGAGCAACCAAAGGCUUCAUAUGAUGCAAAGUCAGAGGCUGCCCAAUUGAUGAAUGGUUCCAAUGGAUUCAGUGCAUACUCAGGACCAGCACCAGUCUCAGGAUCUAGUGGUUUUACGUGGGUGAAAAGGAAAAAACAUGAUUCAUCCAUAUUAUCAGAUGGAUCCAGAAGCAAAAUCAGUGCACUGGAUCCAGCCUUUGCAAAAGGCACAUAUGAUUUAACAAAACAUGGGAUAGAAGUUUCAGAAAGAAAUCAUAAUUAUCAGGAUGAGAUUUCCAACCAUCUAUCACAAAAGCACCAGGCUCAUCAUGUUCAAUCGUUUGAUGCAGCUGAUGCAUGCCAUUCAAACUAUUACAUGGAAUUUGAUCUCACAGAUAAAACAGAUUCUCUGAUAGAUACUCAGGGCUACAAAAAACUUGGUGAGCCUGUGGAACAAUCAGUACCAAAAAUAACCCAAUUGAAUAAAAAUGAUGAGUUGUUGCAUCGGAAUGAAAAUAGUGUGCGGCAAUCAGUUCAUAAAUCAAGGUUUGGAAGAGAAAAAUGAAUCAAGGAUCAUAGGAGUGGUUUAAUCUCAAUUUCUACAAGUGGUGGUUGACUAAACAUUGUGGCCAUUGAUGGACUCUCCUUUAUCAACAUCUGAACCUUUUAACUUCUGACAUCUUUGGCGACAGAACCCUCUCUCUUUGUGAAAGAGUUAAGUGUUCAUACAGGUAUAUCGUACAUAGGACUAACACUGAAUUAUAUAUAUAGGAUUACAGUAACAAAUUACAAUGCCCAUGUGCAAGA